GGAAACCAAACGAUAGAUUAUAAAAAGUUGUUAUUAAGGCAUUGUCGUGUGUGUGCUUCGAAAUAAAAUUACAGGUGUUAGUAAGUACUCAACAAGCUGAUUUUUCUCGCGCCGUCGCCCCUUAGUGCCCCACAAACGCUCGCCCUUUACCGCCUUCAAAAUUCCACUUUUUCCAGAAAUCUUACUCAAGACACAUCUCCUUUGUGUAAGUUUUUGGUUUUUCUGUGAUGACUUAAAAUAAUGGUGCUCAUGGAUUACUCCUCGAUCUCCGGAUUCGCAGUAGGUAACCUAUAUUGCUUCUACGAACCGCCGGCCUUCAGUUUUGGCAGAAAACAGCCUUUCUUCUAAUUCAUGAUAAAUAACCCCAUCGAAAAUUCAAACAAUGGAAACUGAAAUGUGUAGUUACCACGUACUUCGAGGCAGUUAACACAAUGCAACAGAGGGGAUACACGACAAUGAAUAUCGAAAAUGAAGAAAAAUCAUCUCCAUCCUCUCGAGGACGACACAAUUCUAAAUUAAAAGUUUUGGUUCGAAGUCACGCCAUCCGCGAAGAAGCCUCCCCUCCGCGCGAAUCCUCCCCCUCCCGUCUGAUCUCCCCCAGCAUCAAGGUCAUCCCUUCCACCGAAACGUCUCCGGCGCGCACCUCCCCUUCCGGCAACCCCGUCGUCGUCUUAAGCCCCUCGCUUAGCCAAGUCAACACUCCACCGCUGUCCCCCGCAUGCGCCUCCCCCACCUCUACUCUCGUGCCGUCGCCCACGGCGCGCGGUUCCCCCCAGAACUCCCCCCAGCACGAGCGGUCGGAGGGGGGCGACGACGUUUCGAGCCCGAAGUACCUCAACAGGCUGAACAGGCAGAACCUGGAGAAGGACGCGAGGAGGGAAACAGCUAGUCAUAACAGUAGGAAGAAGAUCAUUUGCGAUUGUUCGAAUCAAAACUGCGCUAAGUGCCGGAGCCAAGAGCGGAACUUCAACAAUAAUCUCACGAACGUCAAUAAUAACGUGCAGAGCUCAAACACGUUGACGGUGAACAGGGUGAACGCGAGGAACAAGCUAAGGCAGCAAAGCUCGUCGCAAGGGAGCUUCGAGGGAAGCUCGUCUAACUCGCCAUGCUUAUCUAGAGAUAGUAGUUCGGAACAAUACACGGAUACGUCAGGUGCUGAUCUCGAAGUGUUUAUACCUGAGACUAUUAACAGAAAUGCUAAAGAUAGAGCGUUCAUGCUGAGAAUCGAACAGGAACUAGUCAGUCUUGCCAAAGAUAAAACUAAAACUCACUACAAAUUUCCUCCGAUGUCGAGCUACCAGCGGAUGCUCGUUCAUCGGUGCGCGGCUUACUUCGGCAUGGACCACAAUAUCGAAUCCUCCGGUAAAUGCGUCGUCGUGAACAAGACGAAGAACACCCGAAUUCCCGAAGUAAGCUUCAAGGAGCAUAUAAAGGGGGACGUCGUGUUCAGCGAAGAGCCGAGACGCUCGAUACUCAAAAGGGACUCGAACAGCGUCGAAGACUACGGCUUCAAGUCCCCAGAUAGGCAAUACUCGCUGGAGAACCGGCGCAGCAAGAGCUUCGAAGAGCGGGAAGAAGAGUAUGCUAAAGUAAGGAGAAGAAUUUUUAAUAGAGAGGAGUUGUGUUUGUUGCGUCAGAUGCAGGAUGGGUCGAAUGAGGAUUUCGAGUGGGCCGAGAUGCCUUGGUCGAGUACCGACAGCGAUAAUUCGUCCAGGUUCAGGCUGCAGUUGCCCGAGCACGGAAGGCGGCUGGGGAAGUUAACUAAAGUUCUGUCCGAGGAAGCCGGCGAGACUUCGAGACCUUACGUCGCCAAAAGCUACAGCUUCGGCGGGUAUGCGGGGGUCCUGAACCGAGGCGACAGCGUGGUGUCGACCCACAGCGCCGGCCCCAGACUUUUAACAAAACAAGGUCAGUCCUUGAUACACCCAAACACACAGAGAUUCUUAGCGAACUUUGUGGUAGUCGAGGAAAGACUGUUGGCACUAGUAUUCCGUUUCUUCCUAGAUUCUGGAGCCAGUUCGGUCUCGUGGCGCUUGAGCCCCUCCAGCUCAGGCUACAAGUCACAGUCGCAAAUGUCCGAAUCUAUAACCCCUUCCCCCACGUCCACCCCCAACCAGAUCAUCGAGUCGGGCCGCCAGGACGAGCUAGCCCACGAUAAAGAAUCGAGCGAUUCGCGUAUAGUUUGGGCCGUCACGGACAUCCAGAGAGUACCGAAAGGCAGUAUUAUCAUAAAUCCGCAAACCGGAGAACCCAUUAAGAACGAGGAUGGGUCUCUUUAUCACUACGACCCCAACAAUCCGCCGCCGGGGUUCGUCAGUAACGCCUCUAAGCCGCCGCCUUCACCGAAGAAGAUCUCGCCGCAAGCGUCGCCGAAGAAACGAUCUUCUAAACUUUCGCCUAGUCAUAAGUCGCAUUUGACCAACAGUUCGACAAGUCCUAGUUUGCCUUAUUCCCCGCCUUUACCGCAUGUCCCGCAGCAGAGAAGUUUCCAGUUCGUACCAGGAAUGGGCGACGGUAUGUCCAUGGGACAGCAACAGUAUCCGGUGUAUGGGCCCGGGUACGCGCCGCCCCCAACCCACGAGAACGUGCAAUAUUACCAACAGCCGUGCAUCGUAUACACGACACCGUACAGCGUGCCGAUAUCGCCUCACUUCGAGGGGAGAAUGGACCCCCAACCGAUGAACGAGAUGAGCGGCAGCUACUACGACGGCACCCCGGCCCCUCAGACCCUUACAUAUCAGCAACCCCCGCCGUCAUAUUGGAACCAGCAACCCAUCACGUAUUUCCAGAAUGCUCCCAGUUCGAAUCCCACUCCACCGCAACGGUUUCCCGUCCACCCGCCGAACCAAACGAACUACAUGUCUUCAUUCCCUCAGAACUACCUCCCCCCGCCGAACCAAGCACCUCCGCCACCUCCUAGCACCGAUCUAGUCCCAGUCUACUCCCAACAGCCCGUCCAGCUCGUCUACUCUACGCAACCCAGCCAAUCCAACCCCCCCGUCAUGUACCCCAACCAGCCUAACAUCGUCUACGCGCAAAACCCCAUCUAUUCCAGCCCCAUGUACCCCUCUCAGCCCCUACCACCCUACCCUCACAACACUUCCACCCCCAACAGUUGCACGUCGUCGAUCUCUCACACGCAGUUUUCUAGUCACGUGCAGGAACAGAACCACCAGAACGUGAUGCAGUUGACGCAGAACAUGUCUCAGUUGAGUUUCAUGCAGAACCAAGCUCCGAACCAUCCGAAUUACGUCAUGAAUAAAAUGACGUCGCCACCACAUUUCGAUGUCAGGCAACAGAAGGCGUGCACGCCGAAGGGUGGCAAGUUCGGAAGCGGGCCGAAGGGGUUCGUGUUAGGUUCGAGCCAGAGUAGUACCGGGACGAAUUCGCCGGCAGCAACGGUAGUGGCGGGGUACUGUCCCCAGAACGCCGGCAUGUACAGGACGCCGCCGGAGACGCCUCCGAACCAGUACGGCUACGGACCCGGCUUUCCCGUGCCGCCAAUGCUGCUGAGACAGUUUUGUCUUCAGAUGAGCAACGUUCGCGCGAACACUCCCGGUACGGCCAGAAGCAGCCGGUCUCCGACCCCCGCCAGCGAGGUCUCGCAUUUCGACAGGCCAAGGAUACCGCCUCCAGCUGUAUAUCACGGUAUGCCUUACGUCCUUCCAACUGAUAACAGGAUUAUUCCUGGCAGAAAUCAACCCAACCCCUACCGGCACCCGCCGCCCGUGCAGCAAAGUUUCGGCCAUCAAGCUUCUGAGAACAAAGCACACAAAUCUCGAAAGUCGAAGGGAAAUAAACUGUCAGGUGUACCACCGAACGCAAAAUAACUAAGUCAACCGAUUUGAUUUUUGUAUAGUGUUAUUAAGAGAAAAAAAAAAUAAACUGUAUAGGUUUUAACAUCGAUUUUUGUGCUGCCCUGCAAUUGUUAAGCGUUAAGGUAAGAAGUUCCUUUUAAUUUAAGACGUCACUUUUAUUUAUUUAGCGAACGAUGAUGCCAUUUAUGAGAUUACAGCGUUUUUAGUUGCCACAAUAAACAAAUUUGCUCAAUUGUUUUAUUUCGCACAAUUAUUUUUCGUUGUAAUUAAUGAGAGUUGUUUUAUCGAUCGAUUGGCGUUCGUCUUACCUACAUGUGAAUUUCAAAACUGGGCCUCUUAAUGAAAAGACAAUCUAUUUUGUUGUACGCGAAUUGUAAAUAGAACCAUGAAGGGUCCAUUUUAGGUGUACACAUUUUUUGUAUUUACGAUUUUUUGCCUGAAAUGUGUUCAACUAAAAAAAGAUACAAUAAUUGACACUUUUUUUCCCUUUAAAUGUGAAUUAUGGACAUGCAACUGUUAUUUGUAAAUUGUAUUGAAUUUAUUAAGAAAUUUUAUAAAAACUGUUGAAUGUUUUCCUAUUUUAGAUCAACAAUUUGAUUAAUAUGUGUUAAGCUGGACAGUUUCUACGAUGAUUUAUUACGCGUGAUUUUUACUCGUUUAUGUUAAUAUAGUUGGUUGUUGGGUUCCACUCAGAAUUGUUGGUCUAAAAUUAAUCGGUAACGGAUUUUUUACCGUUCGAGAAAAUUCCAUCCAUUUCUAGUACUUUUUCCAAAGUAAUUUUACACACUUCAUAAUUCAAAUUGUAAUUUUUGAAGUCAAUUACAAUACAUAAGAAAAACUUAUCCGAUUUUCUGAUAAUACGAUGUGUACUUAAUUUUUAUGUAUGGAAAUGAACUUCUUGGAAAGCUGAUGUAAGUCGUUCUUCGUCUCGGAUAUCAGAUUUCCAGCUGUGAAAUAAAAACAAAUAUGAUAUGUACAUCAUUUUAAAAUUGAUAUUUUCAAAGUAGUAUUAAUCAUUGUUGUAGAAAUUUAGAAAUUCAUUUGUAUUUCCAAGAUAGUUUUUUUAUGUUUGUAAUGAUUUUAUUUAUUAUUUGUGUUCUAAUGUGCCUCGGACACUUGUAAAUUAAAGUUAUUUAAUAAA